CGCCCGGCGAGCCGCCGCAGGUCGACGCCGGGCCCCGCCGCGACCGCGUGGUGGACGUGGUCCGCCCCACGCCCUUCAUCGAGGCCGGCCUGCGCGAAACAGAGCUCACCAAGCCGCGAAGCGAGGCGUUCCUGAUGGAGCUGCUGUGCGGCAUGGGGGUAUGCGACUACAAGCAGUUCAAGACGCUAUACGCCGUGGCCCAGUCCAAAAACCCGCCCGACCCCAGCGUACUCGACAUUCUGGACGUGGCCAACAAGAGCUGCUGCGAGCCUGUGGAAGCACCUGUUGACCCACCGCCGGAGCCGGAGGCGGACGGCCGGCUCUGCGCCGGGGGCAUGGAAGAGGUCAAGGCCGUGGCCGAGAGCCGGACGUGCCGCGGUACUGACCAGUUCGCCUUCAUCCCGCCAUCCCUUGGCGGCGAAAGGAAGCUGAGGUUCGAGGAGUCGGCCCUGGAGGCCACCGGCAAGAGUUUGCCGAAAGCGGACCCCGCCUGCGAGACAGACUUCCUCGAGCCGACCAACCUGGAGGACACCCGACCGAUCUGCCCGGAACAGAAGACGGUGUGUGCCGACCAGGCUCCGCCUGCCAGCUCCGAGGCACGCUGCCACUAGUGUCCGUCACAAAAACUCCGCCGAGGGCUUUGUACUCCUGAUGGGAUAUAUUUACAAUGGAAGGCCACAUUCAGGUCACUGUUACCGGGACCUGCACGAUCAGGUCAGACGACACUACACACGGGGUCAGAUGAUGGUCAAACAACACCGGUAGGCCGCGCCAUCAGGCACAGUCAAAAACCAGUUGCGCAUAAAAUAGCACGCUUCUCUCCCAGCCUGCCGCGGGCGACGGACCGCGUCCAGCGGCGCCGGUCUCAAAAACGAGUCGGCGCAACAGCAUCAACAACAGCAGCGCCUGCCGUCAACAACGUCCGCGCGCUCCCAUACAAAAUUUGCCAACGCCAACAGGGUGAAUAAAAUUUCCAGUCGAUAACAGUCGUGCCUUGGGCGGCGGACCGAGUAUUCAGUGGUAUGGAUGGGGCUCGACUCACCGGGCAGGCCGCGGGCCCGCCCGCAUCACAGUUAGUAGCCAGCCAGCCAGCGGCACACGCUCCCAGUCGCUCCUCUCCUCGUAUAAAUGCAGCAACCCUUGGCACAGAGGCGCCGCGCCGGCCGGGGCGGCCCGGCGUCGCGCGGCCCGGCCGCCCCGUUCCGCCAUCACGUCUCGAGGUACUAACAGUAUCACAUUCGCACUAAAAACGGUGCCUCGCGCGGCGCUAUUGUCAGCGGGCGGGAGCAGAGCCGCUCCCCGGCUAUGGCUACGAGCCACGGACCCGUACUCGGUGGCGCCCGGCGGCCCCUCCGCAUGUAAAACGUCCCGGGCGGGGCGCCGGCGGUCCCGGCGCUAAGGCAC